CAUCAAAAAUCAAAAUGUGCUUGUUGAUCUUUUUUCAAAUAGUAAUAGAAUUAAAAAUGUAGCAGCAGAUGAUGAAUAUAAAAUUUUUUGCAGAAAAGAUCUUUGUGAACACAUUAUUCAAUUAAUUCGAGUACACUUUUCUGUACAUCCUUUAAUUCCAACUGAGACUCCAACGGAGCAUAUUAAUAUUUUACGAUCCUCAAUGACAAUUGAAAGUCAUUGGAGAGCAAUUAAGCAUAACUAUCUUUCAGAAUAUAAUUGA